AUGAUUGUAUCUAUCUUGACCCCCCUGACUAACAUUCUAUCUCUUUGCUAUGCAGACCGGAUUCACUCGUGGGCGAAAGCUCACGCGUCUACCCCGAAUAAUUCCCAGGGUCAAAACCAGUCCAACACCCAGUCCUCUGAGGACGCUUCGGCUCAAGAUGCUCAAGUGAAAGAAGGUAUACGUGACCCGGCCAGCCCGGAGUCGGAAAAAGAUGCCAAUCAAACCACUGAGCGCCCACUGUUCGUCCGGAUGAAGGAUGGAAUUGUUCGCUUCACCGGACACACCAAACGCGCCCUGUGCCACAGCUGGGUCAAUGUGCUGCUCGUCUUCGUCCCUGUCGGCAUUGCGGUCCAGGCCGCUGGACUCAAUCCAGGCCUGGUCUUUGCCAUGAAUGCGAUAGCUAUCAUCCCCUUGGCCGGUCUGCUCAGCCAUGCCACCGAGUGUGUCGCUAGUCGAUUGGGUGACACUGUGGGUGCACUCAUCAACGUCACCUUUGGAAAUGCAGUAGAGUUGAUCAUUUUGUAUGUACCCAAUCCCACCCAUUCACCCCUGACUGUUGCUAACGUUUCGGUAGCAUCGGAUUCGUUCAGUAUUGCCCUAGUCAAGAAUGAGAUUCGGAUCGUCCAAGCAUCCCUGCUGGGAUCCAUCUUAGCAAACCUACUGCUGAUCUUGGGUAUGGCCUUCCUCUUGGGAGGCUUGCGCUUCCAGGAACAGAUCUAUAAUAGCACUGUCACGCAGAUGAGUGCAUGUCUUCUCAGUUUGAGUGUCAUGAGUUUGCUCUUGCCAACGGCGUUCCACGCUUCUUGGUCGGACGCUGGAGAUGCAGAUAAAUACACGCUCAAAGUCAGCCGUGGAACAAGUGUUGUCUUGCUCCUGGUGUACGUUUUGUACAUCAUAUUCCAGCUCAAAUCCCACGCCUACCUAUACGCCAGUAUCCCACAACAGAUUAUUGAUGAGGAAUCUCACCCCGGUGUUCUGGCUGAAUUCAUGAACAGUUCGUCAGACUCGAGCAGUUCAUCGGAUGAGUCUGUGGAUACGACAACCUCCUGGUCCACCGCCAAGCGUAUAAAGAGAGCCAUGAAACAUAGGCGUCAUCGCAAGUCGAGCACCAGCUCGCAUGGCACGGUUUCUCCCCAGUCAUUCCGUAAGAAGUCCUCGGCCGAUAUUCCUCCUGCAGCCGUUAUAGAUGAGCAUGCUGGUUCUGCGGGUGACCUGAGUGUUACUCAAGCCGACGGGUCUGGCUCGUUUGUCAUCGAUUUUGGAGAUGACAGCCGAUACGAUGCCGAUCAUGAACCUCAGACCCGGGACUUUGGACAACCACAGGACAAAGCCUCCAAGGAGGAUCGAAAGGCGAAAAGGCGUGAACGCCGGAAGCAGCGUCGUGCCGAAAAGGAUAAUACCGCCGCUUCUGUGAAGGGCACAACUGUGACCGGCCGCCCAUCCAUGAAAACAUCCCAGACAGAACCCGCCUUUGAUCACCCUCAGCCUACGGCGGAGGUUGGAGAAGCAACUGAACCCGCCAAAAGGCGAUCGCCCUUCCGUCCAACCAUUCCAUCUCUGUUGAGCAACACGGUUUUCUCGAGUAACUUGGCCGCCCCCAACUCAGCAGUUCCCUCCAGUCCCUCGAAUCCCUAUGGCCUCCGACGCACGCAUUCUCUACCCUCUUUCACCAAUCGCCCACCACCUCCAGGCAAUGCCGUUCAGUUUGCCCGGGGUGCUUCUCGCAUGCCUACGGCCGUGGCCAACAACCCAACUGAAGCGGUUCCCGAGCAGCCCGAACCCGAAAUGUCUCGCACCGCAGCGGUGGUGAUGCUUCUGGUGUCGACCGGUCUUGUCGCAGUGUGUGCGGAGUUCCUCGUCGACGCUAUCCCCACCAUGAUCGAGAGCUCGUCUGUCAGUGAAGCCUUCAUCGGUCUGAUCAUCCUUCCUAUUGUUGGCAACGCCGCCGAGCACGUGACCGCUGUCAGUGUGGCCACCAAGAACAAGAUGGACCUGGCAAUCGGUGUAUCGGUAGGAAGUAGUAUCCAAAUUGCUAUCUUUGUUACGCCACUGGUGGUCAUCCUGGGUUGGUGUAUGGACAAGGACAUGUCCUUGUACUUCACGCUAUUCGAGACCAUCUGUCUGUUUGUCACGGCCUUCGUUGUCAACUUCCUGGUCUUGGAUGGCCGAAGCAACUAUUUGGAAGGGUCUUUGCUCAUUGCAGCCUAUGUGAUCAUAGGUGUUGCUGCGUUUUAUUAUCCUGGCAGUGGACAGUCCAGCGAUCUUGGCACUGCUGGAGGAUAA